AUCGAAGGCCGACCAGUUCUCAUUAUAUAGGAAAAAAUGAAUCACCAUAUUUUCACUACAACAUCGCUGCGCCAACCACAAACACUCAUCUUCAUUAUCUCUCCUAGAAAGAAAAAAAAACAAAGAAAUCAAGAAAAAGAAAAAUUCACUAAAAGAACAUGAGCGCCGCGGAUAAAGAAUCGCAACUCCCCUCUCCGCCACCUUAUCACGGCCACAGCCGGCAUCGCAGCCAAUUCCGCAAGGUCUCCUCCGUCAUCUACAACACCCUCUCCCAGCCGCGCGCUUACAUAAUCCUCCUCAUCCUCACCUUCACCGCCGGCUACCUCUCCCACUCCCAGGUAGUGCAACCCCUCUUGUCAGAGGACAUCGGUGACCUAGCCGAGCACAACACCUUCUCAACCCGUUGCUCCGACCCAGUCCCCUCCUCUGCCACCCGCCAGACCCUCAUAGAUCAUGUCCACGGGGGCGUGUCCCCCUGGGACGGUUUCCCGCCUCCCCAGGUCGGCCAGCUCCUGUGGGCGGACUGGAACAAGGGGUGGGACUCGAGCGCGGCCGUGUUCGAGCACCUGAUCGAGCAGGUCCGGCCGAGAGUGAUCAUCGAGGUGGGGACGUUCCUGGGCGCGUCGGCCACGCACAUGGCGCGUCUGACGCGCCGCAUGGGGCUGCAAACCCUAAUCGUCUGCAUCGACGACUUCCGCGGCUGGCCGGGCUACUAUGACCAGGAGAAGAGCGCUAAGAUGCUCAACGGAGACAGCAUGCUCCUAUUCCAGUUCAUGUACAACGUGCAGAAGGCGAACGCGACGGAUUCGAUCCUCUUCCUCCCGUUCUCGACAAACACUGCCCUCGGGGGGCUAUGCAGCUGGGGCGUGUACGGAGACCUGAUCGAGGUGGACGCAGCGCAUGACUUCCACUCGGCGUGGAUGGAUAUCAACAACGCGUACAAGAUACUGCGGCCGGGCGGGGUGCUUUUCGGGCAUGACUAUGCGUGGGAUGGGGUCAGGAGAGCCGUCCACUCCUUUGCGAGGCUCAAUGGCUUGAGAGUUAAGCUCGAUGGUAAGCAUUGGGUGCUCUACUAGUACUAACUCACUUCCAAGAUUUGCUAGUCUUGUCUUUUACUUGGGAGAAAUAUAUAGUACUUCCAAUUUUGUGUUUUUUAUUUUUGUUUUAAUUGAACAUGGAAUGGAGGAAUUGGUCAUUAGCUAUAUAGUACUAUGAUCUUAAAUUGAUAA